AUGACAGGGUACGAGAACUCUAACACGGGCGGAAGUGGUCGAGAGCCCUCUCAGAGGGCCAAGACAGUUUCAUCUCACAAUAGCAAUACCGGUCGCUAUUCAGCCCCAGACGGACAUGGACGUAUAGACCAACACACUUCAGCGAGUCGGCAAGCUGUGUUACCAAACUUCACACCCCUCACAUUCGGAGACAUUGUCAACUUCUGGAUGAUCAAGCAUUGUCUUAUCGACGCCGAUCUACGAAUGGGGACCAAAGACGGAGAAUAUGGCUUCGCAGACAAAUGCGUACUCCGAUUCUAUCCAAGCAAACGCAUCCGGGACGAGUACGGCCAGGGUUGGCCGCAUGGCUUUUACAUGGAGGCUCGAGACGGCCUCGUGACUGCUGUGUCGUAUGAUGACGAUUGGCCAACAAUCGAAAUCCUACCCAUCUGGACUUAUAGUAAAACAGGAGCAUGGAAAAACGCAGAAGAAACCAUACCCAAGUCCCCGGAAUUCUGCGCUUCGCACCUGUCGAUAAUGAAACGACCGCGAGUCAAUGCUCGGAUACAAUACGAGGCAGGAAUUCGAGAAGAAUUGGCGCGGAAUCCAAACUCCACCAAGACGAUUUCACGCGGCAUGGAUUGUCCAACUCCUAACGGCCAUCCGUAUGCGCCAAUGGACUGCGUCGCGGUGGUCGAACGACUCCAUCCGUACGAUCCGAAGCGCAAUUCUUUGAUCAGGUUCUCCAUGAGUAUCACCGUAUACCAAGAUGCACGGGUGCAACGGCAUUCUUCACUGGAGCCCGAGAGCAGACUUCGCACACGAGAUAUCUACCGCAAGUUCUUAAACAUCAGGAUGCUUGAUCCUGAAGAACGGCGUACAGCUGACUAUGGCCCGUAUACUUGGCUUAGAGCACUGGACCCCAGCUACACUGGGCCCUUGACGACCCCAGAGAUCGGCACCAUCAACGCUGCACCUCCACAGGGGCCGACAGUACCUCAGCAAAACGGGGCAUUGCCGCCUUCUACCGGUCCAGCUACGGUGGCUACACCUCAUCAGAUGUCAAUGGCACCCCCUCAGAAUGCAGCCCCACCACGUCCUACUGGUACUUCGAAUUCUACUCCUCAGCAGGUGUCGACAAUGACUAAUCAGAACGGGACCUUGCCAUAUCCUAACAAUAUUACAAACGCUGCACCUCCACCUCCACCUCCACCUCCACCGUCGGCGAAGCGCAAGGCUGACGACACAGAGGCAGCGUCGUCUGUACAGGCCGAACAGCAGGCCGCAGUGGGAAAUGAUAUCGCAAAGGGAGAGGACGACAACUUCGGUGCACAAGCUGGUGACUCUACCGCACCACUGGAGCCAGCACAAAAGCGACAAAAGACCACAAUCAGCGCCGAGGACGACGCCGAUGUCGAUGCCGGGCCUAAGUCUGACGACGCAGAACCCAGAUAA